UUGACGGCGAACAAUCUGAAGUACCAGCCAGCUGUCAAUCAAGUCGAGCUCAACUUUUGGAACCCUCAACCCGAAAUGUUGCAGUGCUCGAAGGAAAAUGGGUUUCUUCUCGAGGUGUACUCUCCCCUAGGUAACUACAAGCAAAUCGGAAAGUCUCUGUUUGUUGAAGACAUCGCAUGCAAACUUGGGAUCACCCCGGCUCAGGUUAUUAUCUCGUGGAGUGUCCAGCGCGGCACGAUCAUCCUGCCGAAGAGCAUGACACCUUCUCGCAUCACAGAGAACCUUGCAGGUGAGAAAGUCCAAACUUUCGCGAGGCAGCAUCACUCGAGUCAACCAGUAUUUGAACUCCCACAAGAGGUUGGAGACAGCGGCAGCUUCGCACCCUCCGCAGAGAGUGGUCAACCCGAGCGUGGGCUGGAAGUUGCCUCUCGAUGUGUUUGA